UAGCCCAGAAAUCGUCAGUUAUCAACAGGACAACUGUUUGAGAGUAAUAAGUUGUUGCGUCGAGCUUUCACACGAGAGGCGACCGGCUUUUGUAUGUGAUAUUAUUUAAGUGUUAUUGCUUAUUUCGAUAUUUUAUAAAAAUGGAAGUUCUUCCCAUCGGUCAACAACAUCUGGAAUAUCAAAACCAGAGCAGAUAUUACAAUCCCAGUGCAACAUCAGAAGAACUGACACACGAGAACUCAGUGAUGAUACUUUCAAAAAAGUUAGAAGAUGAAAUACGCGCCGCUAAAAGGACUCAUCUCUUAUGCGGAGAAGUUUUGUUACCUUGUGGACUGCUUCAAAAGAUCUCAGAGGAUAUUUUGAAUAUCGCCGAUUCGGAAUUGUGUGGUAUUAGAGGUUGUACGCUUUAUCUGUUAUUCGAAGGUGAAGAGGACUGUAGGAGGUUGAGCACCGUCAAGAUUGAUCCGACGAUACCGUCUACUUUCGAGCUGUACCUCACCUUCAAACAGGCGAAUGGUGGCUGGGGAUUCUUGCCUCAAUUCCUCAAGUAAAAAAAUAACAGGAGGAGGCACAGUGGUUAUCAGUACCGAAUACGAAUUAACCAAAAAAAAAUUAUAUCGCCCCAAAUCGACUUAAACCACGAAUUUGACUGAAUGUAAAACGAAAUGAGUCGAUUAACCUUUAAGUUUUCUAUUUUUAUAGAUGUAAAAAUAUUGAAAAAUUUAAAAGCGCUGCGUGAUGUUAGAUUUAGUUGUUUUUUAAAAAAAUAUUUUAACAGUAUUUUCUAUUUUAUCUUCGUUUGAAGAUGUUGAUUCGUUUCAUAUUAAAGCGAAAAUAUUAUAUCAGUGAAAGUGAGAAUUAUUGAUUCAUUCAAAUUAUUGUUUCUGACAAACGUUUCGAGAUCAUGAGUGAUAUUUGCCAUCCUUGAAUUUAUACAUUAUAAUAAUGUAUAAUAAAUUGAUAUGACACCGUACCUGUACUUAUAUUUGUUUGGAAGUAUUGUGUAGAGAGAUAAUUUAAGAAGUUGAAAUUUGCUUUUUUAAUUUUUUUUCUUGUGAUAAUAGAUUAGUGUUUGUGAAAGAAUGAUGCAAAACAUGCAUGACCGUACAAAUUUUAAUAACAUGUAUGUUUAAAAUUAUGUAAAAUAUUUAAGAGGCUAUAACAUCUAGAAUUUAAGAAUAUUUUAUAUAAGUUUUUAUAAAUUGUAGAUUUUAGAAUGUUGUAGUACUAUGGCAAUUCGAUGUGAUAGUACAGAUUUGUACAAGUCUCAUGCUUGAAUACUACUUAUUCUACAGUGAUCAUCAUUAAAAAAGAUUUUUUAUAA